AUGGUAUAUCACAUUCCAGAUUUUCUGGAUUCAAGAACACUUGUCAUUCGUGAAUGUAUCCGAUUAUCUAAUUCGAUGAGGAAGCAUAUCAUAAAAAAUGAUUAUAAUCAAUUGGGAAUGAGUGUUGUAAUUGGAACUGGGAAUGAGUUUUUUACGAAUGCAGUUGAUUCUAAUAUCAGUAUAAAUAAUGGUUCAGCUGGGAACCAUCCUUUUAAUUACCUAUCUAAGUAUAAUAAUAUGAACAACGGUGAUCAACUAAUAAGCAAACUAUUGGCCUUGAAAAAGAAACUUUUGUCCAAUGAAGAUGCAAUGUCCACAUUGUCACCUGUUGAGAUAUUAGAGCCAUUUUUAUUUAUCAUCGUUAAUAGUUCUGUUCCUGGGGAUAUUACAGUUCAAGCAUUGGAGACUGUAGGUAACUUUUUCAGUUUGAAGAUUGCCUUUGAUGGGAUAGGCAUAGAAUAUGUCCGCGCUUACACAGAGACUAUAAGAGCAUUAACACAUUGUAGAUUUGAGAGAUCCAGUAGUAUCACAGAUAAUUCAGUACUGUUAAAAGUGGUAGACAUGCUUCAGACUCUCCUUGUCUCGCCAAAUAGCAAUAUUCUACCAGAUGGAGUUAUUUACGAAGUAUUACAAAUAAUCUUAUCCAUGGUUUGCAAUACUAGAAGAACUGAAAUACUCCGCAAGGCCGCAGAAACUUCUUUAAUAAAUGUAACAACAAGAGUGUUCUCAAGGCUUGCCGACAUUGAAGCAUCAGAAUCAAAUCAUGUCUACAUCAAUUCAGCUGUGUACGCCAAAAAUAAGCUAAAGAAAGAUACUAUUGGUACAAGUAAGUCAGAAUCAUCUGAUGAUGUUUUGAAUACAAAAAAUACAGUGAAUAAAGAUUCAUCUGUGAAAGAGGCAGCAAAACCAGCAGAACUUAUAAUCGGAUCAGGUACUUCAAUAAUUGAGGAUCAAUAUGGUUUACCAGUCAUUAUUGAUUACUUAAAUCUUCUAUUGUCUCUGAUCCUUCCAGAAAAAAAUGAAAAUGCAUCUACAGAGGCAACACUUUUAUCUCUUAAAUUAUUAAAGAUUGUAAUCGAUAUCUCAGGUACUUAUUUUCUGCUACAUCCUCGUCUAUUUGCAUUUGUAUCAGAUCCAAUUUUUAAGUCUGUUUUAUACAUUAUUCAAAACUCAGAAAAUUUGUUGAUUUUACAAGCUGUUCUUGAAUUAUUUGCAACUAUAUACCUAGUUUUUGGAAAUUCACUUCAGAGGCAAAUUGAAUUAACUUUAAACUGCCUAUUACAAAUUAUUUAUGAUAAAGAAGAUGAUAAGGAUAAAAAAAAAACGAAUGCUGUUGUCAACGUACAAUUUAAGGAAUUGAUAAUGGAACAAUUAUCUGUUCUAUGGACUUGUUCGCCAUCUUUUUUCAUGUCCCUAUUCGCUGAAUUUGAUUGUGAUCUCGAUAAUGUUGAUAUUUCGUUAAAUUUAAUAAAUGCCUUGAUCAAUAUGACAGUUUCAGAUAAUACGAGUAUUAAUGCCUCUGUCACUAUUCCAUCUAUCUCGUUGGAUGGGGUUUUUGAAUUUGUGGAAGACAUAUAUGAUAAUAUUCAAUGUAUUGAUAAAACUGUAUAUUGGAGUGAUAAGAAACUACUGCCGUUGCUUGAACAGAGAGAACAGAAAACUGUGUUUAUUGAAUCUGCUGCAUUAUUUAAUAAAAAACCAAAAGAAGGUAUUUCAUUACUUCUCGAGAAAGGAUUCAUUUCAUCAGACACAGAUGAGGAUAUUGCAAAGUUCUUAUUUGAAAACAAUACAAGAAUGAACAAAAAGACAAUAGGCUUGUUACUAUCCGAUCCGGAUAAAAAGUCUCUGUUAAACUACUUUAUUGGACUAUAUGACUUCAAUGAAUUAAGAGUUGAUGAAGCUCUUCGUAUUUUAUUAACCAAAUUUAGGCUGCCUGGCGAAUCUCAGCAAAUUGAGAGAAUAAUCGAAUGUUUUGCACAAAAAUAUGUCAAUGAUCAUAAACCAGAAAAUAAAAAUGAUAAUGAUAGUGAUAAUGAUAAAGAAAUUGUGAAUCCAGACCUUGAUUCCGUCUUUGUAUUGAGUUAUUCGAUUAUCAUGUUAAACACCGAUUUACACAAUCCACAAGUUAAAGAACAUAUGACGUUUGAAGAUUAUUCAAAUAAUUUAAAAGGAUGUUACAACUCAAAAGAUUUCCCACAUUGGUAUCUUGAUAAAAUAUAUUGUUCCAUUAGAGAUAAAGAAAUUAUUAUGCCAGAAGAGCAUCAUGGUAAUAAAAAAUGGUUUGAUGACGCAUGGAAUAAUAUUAUUUCGUCUACUUUAGUAGUUACUGAGAACACUUUGAAAAAAAAUAGUAUUAUUAAUAACUUAAGCAAGUACGAACUGGCUCAAUUAAAUGAAGUUAUGUUUUCAAACGUGGGUAUAAUGUUGGUUGAAGAAUUUACCAAAAUAAUAUUAGGAACUAAAGACCCCUACGUUUUUUCAAAAGUAAUUUUGAUCAUUGAAAAAUGUUUGGAUAUAGCUUGUUUCUUUAAUUUGAGUGAAUUAUACACAAAUACUUUAAGACACUUUGCAACUUAUACUGGUUUAAUAACUAAAGAUGAUGAUGAAUACACGGAUGAUUCUGUUGUUGAAAUAUAUGUUGAAAGCUCAAAUACGCAUAUUCCUGUGUCUAGAACAUCAAUUCAACUAGGUGAAGAUUUCAAAAAACAACAAUAUUUAUCAUCCUUUUUUAGAAUAAUUAGAAAAAACAAUACAACAUCCAUGUUGAGUUCUAAAAUUUGGGAAACAACAUUAGCUUUAAUGAUAAAUCUUUAUGAAAAGAAAUUAAUCGAUCCUGAUGUUUUCCAUGAUUUUCAGAAGCAACUCUGCAUUGGCAAUUUACCGAAACCAAAACCAGCCGUUGUUAUUAAUAAAGAGAGGAUUAACAGAGGUAUAUUAUCCGCAUUUGCAUCCUAUCUGAAAGGCGACGAAGAACCUUCAGAUGAUGAGAUUGAAACAGCAUUAAAUGCUCUGGAGUGUAUUAAGAAAAUCAAUGUCACCAUGUCUGUAUUUGGUAUUGGUGCUCAGUUUACUCCUGAAUUUAUCGAAUUAAUUCUAAAAUCCAUUAAGACAGAAAUCACAGAAGCUAAUAAAUCAUAUUUCGAAACAGAAGCAUUGUUUUUGAUUGAAAUUACGAUCGCUUUGUACUUGCAUUGUAAAGAUAUUUCUAAAUUAGGAGAUAAAAUUUUAGAUUCAGUUAAAAGUUUAUCGGAAUCUGAGCAUAUCACCAAAAAGGGAUUAAGAAGAUUGGUUAGUUACAAAUUGUUGCUAUUAUCCAUACUAAUGAAUAAAGGAGACGUUCUUAAGGAAACCAUUGACAAAAAUCUACUUCAACAAAAUGAGAUUUUUAAUGACACAUUCUUUUCAACUGAUCAAGGUGAAGGUAUUAUUAAAUCUAUUUUAUUGCUAGCUAAACCUGGUAGUUAUAGGGAUUUAUUAUAUAAUGAUGAGAGUUUUUGGCAGUUACUAAGAAACGUGGUUUCAAAUGAGAAUCACUUAUCUGGUGUAUUUGAUUUUAUUAAUUCUUCAAUAAGUAAUGAUUCUAAGAUAUUUACUGAAAUGAAUUUUAAAUGGAUAUUAGGUUUAUUAGAUGAGAUUUCCUCUGCUGGUGCUAUUGGUAACAAAUGGGAAAUCAACAAAGAAUCAUCCGCAGAAAAUCCACAAAAACAUGUUAUCGAAACUUCGAUAAAAUCACUCUUUUUGACUCAAUUUUUAUUUGAGUCUUCAAUAUCUUCAAAUAAAUUCAAUGAAGAGCAAAAACUAUCGUUGAUUCAGGCGCUGUCGCACCAAUGUUUGAACCCUUGCUCAGAAAUCAGCAACUAUGCUAUUCAAUGUAUUGGCAGUAGUCUAACAAAGGAAGAAGUUAUCAAGUCAUUGAGCAUGCAUUCAAUUCAGACCAUCAUUCGAGAAGGCUUGAUGCCUUUGUUAGAAUUGGAUGAAUCAGACAACAUUAAAGAAAAUUAUAUAUCAGACAUCAUCAAGAUGAUCAGUAAGGUCUAUCUAAUUAAUUUGAGAAACCAAAAGGUCACCACAACCACAUUUGAUCAAAUUCUAUCAUUAUUGAAAAAAUAUGAAUCUGAUGAGCACAUUAAAAAGGAAAUUGAUUACUUAGUUAAUGAAAAUACCAGUUACUUAUCUGAAAUGGCUAAAUAA